AAGCCAGAAGAGCCACACCUCCACCUGUAAAUUCCCAACUUCCCAAAGCUUUACUGUUUGCCAUACCGUUCGCCGUAUUUUCUCUCGGUCUCAAAGGCGAAGCCACUUCUCUUUCCACAUCUCCUCCCGUUACUAUGCUAAGUGGAAGAGAGGCGUAGUGAUCGAGGCUGACGGUCCAUUCGUUCUUAUUGAUGGGAUCUCUCAUGGGAGAUUGGCCCUCUUAUGAUCCUCAUAAUUUCAGCCAGAUCCGUCCUUCCGAUCCGUCUGCUCAACCUUCAAAACUCACACCAGCCAUAUAUCACCCUAUUCAUAACAGGACUGUUCCUCCACCAAACCAAGUGAUAACAACUGAAGCUAGAAAUAUACUCCUGAGACAAAUCUAUCAGAAAGCAGAAGAAAAGAUUCAUGAAGUUCAAAUUAUUGACCCUCAACUCAUGAUGCAGCUGAGACCAAAGAGAGCUGCAACAGAUCAUCUAACACCAGAACAUGAUUGCAAACAGCCUAGAGGUGCCCUUUCAAAUGAUCCAUAGCUGACAUUUUUUUUUAA